GAGAGAAAGAGAGAAAGAGAUAAAGAGAUAUGAUCCGUGUCCGCGUCCCGCGACGCGACGGCUCCUGAGAAGUUCGGCUGGAUCUGGACCGAGCUCGCGCAGCAGCUAGACUACGGAAAUGGAGGCUAUCUAUGGAGAGAUGGAGGUGGAGAGCUGCUACACGCUGCUUGAACUUCCUACAGCCAAGAAGAAACGGAGGAGCAGAGAUGGUGCAGGAAACUCAGACAAACCCAAGAAGCCCAGAUCAGCGUAUCUGCUCUAUUACUUUGACGUGCGUCAGAACAUGCAACAGGAGAACCCGGAGCUGCCGCAGUCUGAGAUCAACAAAUGCAUCAGCGACAGCUGGAAGAGGCUGAACGUGGCCGAUCGAGGUUAUUAUCUGGAGAGAGCACGUAUGGAGCGAGAUGGUGUGGACCCUGUGAGUGAUCCUUCACUGUAUGAAUCUGAGUCUACUACAUCGAUCCAAUCAGCUGCGUCCUCUCCAGACGUCCCAGGAUUCCGCAAGAUCCUCCCGAGGGCCAAUUAUGUGCUGCUUCCCAAGAGUUCAGUGGGAGGAGAGAGCGGGCAGGUGGAGGUCUGUGUGGACGGUGAGGUAGAGCUGUCUGAGCAACGACUGACCAUCGAGGCGCUCGGCGAGAACACCCGAACCGCACCCCUCCGUGGAGUCUUGUCCCACAAUUCCUGUGCCAUUCAAAGAGCGUCGGGUCUCGGCUGGGACGCUCUCAGACCCUCUGCUGCGGCUGUUCAUCUGAAGGGGGAGGAGUCUAGAGUGGUGGGAGGGGCCUGCGGUGACGUUGGCAUAGUGAUAGACAAUGGAAUGGAGCCUCCCAUCAAAACAGACGGCACUCAUCUUGUUGCGCUAAUUCCCCAUCAGGGUGUGGUGGAAAAUAAAAUGGUCAGUACUGCGGGUCCAGUAAUGAUGUUUCCACUCGUGAAGUCUGUGAAAGCACAACCCAAACCCGCCUUUAAACUGCCCAUCAGAUACACGCGCAGAGGACGGGGCAACUGCAACACACCUGGCUGUGUGUUCUCAUACGUCACCCGUCACAAACCACCUCAGUGUCCUGACUGCGGUCAGUAUCUCGGGGGAAAGUGGGUGACACCUCCAAAAAAAACAACAUCAACAAACCCGCGUGACGACUCCAAGCUUCUCACUGCACAUUCAGCUCAUGUGACAGAAGCAAAAGAUGUAGAAGUGACUCGGCGCGCUGACGCCACCGACCGACCGGACUCUUCCAUUGCUACCCAGAAAUCCUCUGGAGAUGAAGCUCAGGUCAGGAACUAUUCAGGAGCUGGCAGGGCCGGCCGCAGGAGGAGAGAGAAGACAAAUGCAACAUUACAUGACACUGCUGUCCUCUCGUGUGAUUUCAGAUCAUUGAGUGACGGCCCCAUUCAGGUCCCUCCGAAGGAAAAAGGCAGCAGUGGUGCACAGAAACGCCGUAUGAGAGCCAUUCUUCCAGCGCCUGCCCAGUCCAAUACAGCCGUUCAGUCUGCACUUGUGCAGUGGAUCGCUGUCGGUCCUGAUGAAGUGAAAACAGAUGCCGUGAAAGCAACCAGUGAGCACAUCGUGGGUCUGAAGCCCAGUACUCUCAAACAGUUGGGACACAUCAUCCCAGAAGCGAAACCCACCACCACGGUCAGCAGGAACCAGUACAUCAUUACAGACAACGGUUUGAAGAUUCUCUCCAUGCUGCCCAUCAAGAAAACACCUGGAUCCUCUCUUGAUCUGGGUUUGUCUACGGCGAGAGGAAGGGGUCAUUGUAAGAACCCUGCGUGUGAUUAUGUCUAUAAAAACAGACAUAAACCUCAACACUGUCCAACCUGUGGAUGGGAACUCGGCAACAAAUUUGCCAAGAAAACCAGACCUGCGGCGUCAGACGAGGUUGAAGUGGGUUCUGAGGUUCUGAUUGAUCCGUCUCAGUCUCUAAGCGCCGCUCAGAAGGAACUUCAGCGUCAGUCGACAGUGAGUGUGCUCAGAUGCUGUCUGCAGUUCCCAGAGAGUGAGACAGAAGUGCAGGACGUCUUCAACCUGAUACAACAACUCAAUGCCUCACGAGAAAGUGAAGAGAGAGAGAACGGUUGGCCGACCUUCUAUGAACCUGCGGCCACACGCUGCGGUCUGUGUCAUUACCCGCUGCUUAAAGGAGAGCACAGUUCAGCUGCAGGUUUGGAGGAAUGUUGGUUAUUGACUGACCGUGCCAUUCAGCUGGUCACUCUACAGGUGAAAAUCUGCUCAAAUCUGCAGUGUCUGGCGCUUCAUAGUUUUACAGACCUGCAUCCAGGUUUGUUUAAUGUAGGCAAUCAAUUGCUGGUGACCCUGGAUUUGUUCUUUAAAAUGAGACAUCAGAUCAGACGAGGAGAUGAUCCUGCAGACGCUGCUCUCAGUAUCAUCAGGAACUCACAAACAGAGGGUGCGUUGGGCUCUGAGCACAUGUCUCAUGUUCAGGAACUCUUCUGCAGUGGUUACUGGGCCUUCGAGUGUCUGACGGUUCGAGACUAUAACGACAUGAUCUGUGGUGUGUGUGGCAUCGCUCCUAAACUGGAGGUCGCACAACGCAACACCAACAACGUUCUACUGCUCAAGAACGUGGAGUUCACGUGGCCUGAUGUCCAGGUGACGGAUGAGGUGCAGGUCGAUGAGUUUUGGUUGACGAUGGAGAAUGAGGCAUUAGAACAAGCAGCGUUUCCCUGCAGCAUCCCCAUCACGCGCUUUGACGCGUCCAUCAUCGCUCCCUUUAUUCCUCCUCUCAUGAGGAGCAUGACCGUCAUCAACACAGAGAAGGACAAGAUCUGUUCAGACUCAUUCGCAGGGGAUCCGGCGGUUCUGGUGCGUCUGAUCCAUGACGGACUGUUGAGAUCAGAUCAGAUGGAGCAGCACAGCGAGCAGGAGCUCAGGGACCUGCUGGAGAAAUGUGGAUGUCCAGCUGCAGUGGACGGUUCAAAGGAGCAGCUGCUGGCAUCUGUUUCUCUGUUGCACUCGCAAAUACAAAACGGCCUUUGGACGGGACCUGAACCGGAAGCUCACAUGACGGCGGGCAGGAUCAGUCAAGUGUGUCCUCAUCAGGUGGUGUGCAGCUCGAAGUACGUGGUUCGUCGAGCAAGCGCACGAGAUCAUGUGGACCUGCUGGUCUCCACGCGCUUCUGGCCGCCGGUGUAUGUGACAGAUUGUGCUCAGAAGGUGGCGCUAUGUGCUGACGUCGUCUACCCUGAACUGACCUCUCAUAUGUGGGGGAGGAACCAGGGAUGUUUUUCUGACCCUUCAUCAGCUCCACAGUUUGUGUCCUGCUCAGAACUGCAGGAUCAGCUCUACAGUCUGGAUCUGUCCAUUAUCGAAUCAAACCCACAGCUUCACCCCCUCACCAAAUCCGCCUCUCGCUGGAUCGUUCGGCCCGACUCCUCACCCGGCGCUCACCAGGGCAUGACACUGUGCAAAGAACUGGAAGCGUAUGUUGACGUGGUGGGCGAGAUGUGCCACGAAUCUGAAAACAAAGCCUCUGAAUACGACAGCUCGUUCGCGGUGGCGUCCGUCCGGCAUAAAGCCUGCGUGUUUGAAAAUGCAGCGUAUUACUACCUUUACAACAGGCUGGUGGACUUUCUAAGCAGCAGAGACAUCGUGAAUCAGCAGAUCGCAGAGGUCCUGAGCACCUGUCAGCCUGGCGAGGUGGUGAUGAUCAGAGACGCCCUCUACCGACUGGGAGUGGCUCAACUCAACUCAGAAGAACAGGACGGUGAAGACGGCGGGAUAGUAGGAGAGGAGAUAAUGCUUCUCUGACUCAGGGAUUGAAUUUCCAACUUUAUUAAAGGAACAUUUCACCAAAAACAGAAAGAUGAACUCACUCUCAUGAGUCCAGAGCUUCUGUUCUUUGACAUCUUCAGAGAAACCCAGAAGAAGAUCUGUGGCAGAAAGAUUUUGUUUUCUGCCACAGCUAUGAGUCGUCUGUAUCUUUUGAAGUCAUACCAUAAUGUACAGUGUAAAUGAACAUCACCUCUCAUUCUGAUGUUCUGCCACACGUCUCAUUCUGUGUUUCCUGAAGGAAUGAUGAUUGAUAAUUAUUCAACAAGGUGAAUACAGUUUCUGGAGGUCCUCUAACUCUUGGAUCUUCAUCUCAAGGCUCCUUUAUGAUAUCAUGUAAAUAAGAAUUGUAUUGCCUUUAACAAAGUGAAACCACUACUGGUGAGAAAUCGACAGUAUUUAUUUGAAUAUUUACACAGUUCUGUUGAGAGAUCCAGCUUAUCAUGCAUUAAAAACCUGAUGUGUGCAGAAAUCUUUAGUGUGUGUGUGUGUGAGAUACUUUAUGACUCACAGGUCAUACAUGUCAUAUCUUUAUUUUAGUACUCAACUUUCCUCAUGAAAAUUAUAUUGGUCGCUGACACGGUUGACAGAAAUAACCCUUAAGCCUGGCUCAGACUACAGGAGUUUUAAAAUCCUGACAGAUUUCAAAUUCUGGCUGCAGCACACACAUAAGGAGAAUCUUAACAGAUUCUCUUAUUUAAAAUCUUAAACCUGGCUCAGACUACAGGAGUUUUAAAAUCAGGAAAGAUUAAAAAUUCUGGUUGCAGCACACACAUAAGGAGAAUCUUGACAGAUUCUCUUAUUUAAAAUCUUAAACAAGCUCACACUCAUCAGUGUACAACUAAAUUACACAUAUUUUACAUAUCCAUAGGAUAUGCAGUUUUGUAAAAGGAGCUAGUAACCGUUUUAAUGGGUUUACUAUUUUUAGAUGUUGACAUCACAUCUACAUUUGGAUCUCUUUUUCAAGCACUACAAAAAUAGGUUUGCCCUUUGUAAACUUGCAUUUAUGAAUGUGAAAUGUCCAGAUAAGAAAACGUUGGGGGGUAAAGUUGUGUUUAUAAAUAAGCCUAAAGGUAGCAAGUGCAAAAAUAAAAAUUUAGAAAGUUUGAUUGGAAGUUUUUUUAUUUCAUAAUUGCACAUCAAAAGACAUCCUAAAACACCCAAACUACAUGAUAAUAUUAAGAUUAUCAUACCAGAGGACGUCUCUUACGUCAUCUCACCGGGAAACAGAAGUAAACAAAGGGACAUCGCAAAGUUAAUUUCACGUGAUCUCACCUGGCAACGGUUGUGUAACGUCUUUGUCGCUCUCUGAAUGAUUCUCUGUCUGUCUGUCCAAAGCCGCGGGAACGUAUUUUGAGCAGGGGGUGCUAUAAUGCUUUUUGCUAGGGCUGAAGUUAUGACUGUGCUUUGGGCGAGCCGCUUAAGUUUAAUGUUAAUAAAUAACGGAAGAAGAAAAAUAGUUGCUGCCGAGAUAAAGAUGAAUGCCAAUGUGAUUAUAAGAUACAGCAUAAAAACAAACACAUAAACGCAUGUUAUCUGUAUGCCUAUAGCCAAAUAACAAUCUGUUGAACGAAACUACAAGCUGCGCGUUAGCAGUUAACUUAACCGGUACAUUUAAAACCGACGCGA